AUGCUGGAAUCAGUCUCUACGAGUAUUGGCUUAUGCAGCGUAAUAGCUCAAUGGUCUGUAUUAAUAAGUUUCAAGGGCACCGACAAUGUAUCGGGCCUAAGUACGUGGAUGAAAAACACUUGGAUCUGCCUUACUGGAAGUAGCCUGUGUGUAUUUUUGGAAAACGUAGAAGAGAUGAAACACAAAUUUUCGAACAUUUCUGAUAACGAAAAUCUCCUUUUUGGCAACCUGUUUAUUACUCGGUCUUAUUUUCUACUUGGGAUUUUUGGAUUUUUCAUAAUGGUUAAAAGUGGACAGUCUCUUUUCACCCUCGAAACAAAGAAUUAG